AUGAUGAGUACUACUGCAAACUCUUCGUCGCCAUCAACAUUCCAAUCUCAGGAGAAGUCGCUGUGGGAAGCGGCGCUGCGAAAGCUCCCGGACAGUGAGAGGUUGCUCAUAAUCGUUGAAAAUGGCAACAAGCUCGAAAUUCUUCACCAGAUACUGGCCCUUGCUGAAGGAAAGAAGGAGAUUUGUCUCCAGAGAAGGUGGAAAUUCAAGAAGAAGGAAGGCGAAAUCGUCAUUAUUCGCGACAAGCUGGAAAAGAUAACGACAUGGAUUACCAGGUUCAAUGAAGUUGGAUCGACAGUUGUCCAGUAUGACCCGCUACAUGCCGCUGUGCCGUGGGCUGGGAUCCUUAUUAUUCUCCAGGUUGCGAUGAAUGACGCCCAGACGUUUGGGGCUAUGGUUGAUGGGGUGGAAAGGGUAUCCAGCAUCCUUCCAAGUAAGAAAUUGUCAGAUGUUGAAUCUUGCCUCCUCAUUGUUCAGCUGGAAGAGACUGAGGCGACAAGUGCCAAAACUGAAAAGAUCACACAAUAUCUUUCCGCCUUGGGAAAACCAAUCAUCAGAUCUUCCGCCCAGCUUACCGAGCUUCACAAAAGCCUGAGCCGACAAGAGAAGACAAGAAUACUCAACUGGCUGUCUCAGAUAAAUACGCGAUAUCAUCAUCAGUUAGAAGGAAAGGACCACCUUCCAGGAUCUGGAAACUGGCUGUUAGAGCAUCCAGAGUUCAUUCGCUGGCAGGAUACGAGUUCAUCAGCUAUCCUGUGGCUCCAUGGGAUUCCUGGUUGUGGAAAAACAAAGCUUGCGCAUAGGAUUGUCCAGAAACUGCUCCAAGACAACACCCUGUCGCCAAAUCCUGCCCCUGUCGCCUAUUUCUAUUGUGCUAGAAAUCCGGCUGAACCUAAUCGUAGCAGUCCUGAUGAAGUCUUCCGAAGUAUUUUGAAGCAACUAUCAAUCAAUGACCAAGGAGAGAUCAAGGAUAUCAUUGUGAAAGAAUUCAAGGCUAGAGACAAAGAGUCAGAGUUAUAUGACACGGAUAUAUUGUCCUUGAGUCCAUCAGACACUCAAGACAUGAUGUCACGCCUUUUUGAACGAGAUCCAGCAACGAUCGUUAUAGAUGCACUCGAUGAAUGCGAUCCGGCUCGGAGGCAUAAACUAUUAUCUGCAUUGGGUGAUAUACUCAGGCAGUCACCCAGUGUUAUCAAGAUCAUGGUCACCAGCAGGGAUGAUGGAGACAUUUGCUGUCACCUGUCAAGCUCCCCAAACAUCUAUAUUCGAGCAGAUGACAACCGCCUGGAUAUAGAGAGGUUUAUCGAUUAUACACUAUCUCAGGCUCUAGCUAAUAAGAGGCUUCUCCACGGGAAGAUGCUCAAUGAUUUAGUUCAAGAGGUGUCAAUUACACUAAAAGACAAAGCACAGGGCAUGUUCAGAUGGGUUACACUUCAGAUCGACAACCUGUGUGAUAGUGGACGCAUCAAAAUCGAAAGCGACGUGAGAGAAGAGGUCGGCCAGCUCCCACAAACCCUCAGAGAGUCUUACGAUCGAAGCUACCGUCACAUCCUAGACCUUUCACGACCAAGUCGUGUUUUGGCUGAGCGGGUCUUCAAGUGGCUGCUAUGCGCGCAGAAGCUUAUGACAACUGAGGAACUCGUGGCGGCAAUCAUAUUUGCUUCCGAGCAUCAUUUCAUUUCAAGUAAGAACAUUCUCGAUAUUUGCUACAAUAUGGUGGUAAUCGACGAUCAAGGUGAUGCGUUCGAAGACUGGGUGUCUGAUGUAUGGAAUCUUCAUCAGUCUUCACAGGCUUUUGAAGUAGAGGAAUGGCUGCUCGAGAGACUCGAGUGUAUCGCAAGCCCGUCAGCAUCACCCUUGUUCCUAGCUUGUACAUUUGGACUUGUCUGGCUUCUUGACAUGAUGCAAGCAUCAAAAUGGACAGAAUGGGACCUUUUGAAUUAUCGAAAUGAGGGAGCCAUUCUAUUAGCUUGCAAAUGGGGGAAUGUCCAAGUCCUGACCUGGAUCCUUGAGCAAUUGACAAUCUCCCCGAGUACCAUGGUCGAGGCUCUAUCGGUUGCUAUUGAGUGCGAACGUCAUGACAUAGCGAAGAGGCUCAUUGAGCAGGGAGCCAAUGCUUAUGGAGAAGUUCAGGCCAAGAAUAGCCCUCUCCUUGCUGCAACUGUUGCUGGAUCUGUGGAUAUUGUCUCCUCCAUUUUGAGCGAAAACAAACAGUUCGAAGCUCAUGCCUUUGCUGAAGCCAUGGCCUUUGCUUACACCAAGGAUCGUGAUGAUUUAUUUCAAAUAUUCUGGAAACGUUGUACGAGUUUAAAGGCUUGCCACUAUUUCCAGCUGGUUUUGGCUAUACAGGAGAUAGUCUUGAAAGACAACCCAUUUGUGCACGGGUUGCAGGACCUCGAGGAGCUGUUCGGCGCUUUACUCGAAUUCUCUCGCCAUUCUAGGCUACCGGGGCUGCAUCUUAUUUAUCAAUUGUACGGGAUUAUGGGUGACAGUUUUCAAAAUCUAGGCGUUCUCCGGAACGGAACGCUGAUAGCAUCCAGUCCUGUUACCUCCGAAGAUGUCAGUCGGAUGCUGGUUGAGCGGCGGACCAACCCCCCUCGAGAAGACUUGUAUAAUUUUCUUGCCAGCGCUUUGAGCUUAGCCGGCGAUAAUAUCGAAGUGUUUGAAAUGCUAUUAGACUUGGGAGCGGCUAGUGUCCGAGGAUUAACGGAGUAUCUUUGUCUGGACAAAAGUGAGGAGAUUAUUCUUGGUCACUGGGAGGAAGUGUGGCACUUCUUCGAUCUUCUUCGAGAACCCAAUGCCGAGAUCGCCAGCAAGAAGAUGAGGCUCUUACUGGAUCACGGCCUCAACAUCAAUGUCACGGACCACAACGGGAGAACCCCCUUGAUGCUGGCAACGAAGUCACGUCCCUCUAUCAGAUUGGACACUUUGCUCGGGGGGCAUGCAAAUAUUGAGUUGUUCGACCAUAAGGGGCAAAAUGCGUUAGCACAUGCUCUGAAUCACGAGAACGAGCCGGCUAUGGCCACGUUAAUCGACCAUGGUGCAGAUGCCAAUUCAUCCGUUUCCGCAAACAGCUACAUUUCGGCCCUGCAGUUUGUUACCUCCAAUGUCUGCAAUUAUUCACUAAUCGAUAUAUUGCGCGAAAAGAAUGCUCGUCGACCAGGUCAUGUCGCUAUCGAUGAUUAUCUCAAUGUGCCCUUCCUUGCGUCAGUAUCAACGUCCUGUAAGGAGUGUGUUGCUGUCAGGAAUGGCGGCGUAUGA